AGCGGAAGUGCAUGCCUACGGCGGCCGGCAGCAGUUUCGCGAUGGUGGGCGGCGGUGGGAUGGGUGGCGGCCUCCUGGAGAACGCUAACCCGCUCAUCUACGAGCGCUCUGGGGAGCGACCGGUGACCGCGGGCGAGGAGGACGAGCAGGUUCCAGACAGCAUCGACGCGCGCGAGAUCUUCGAUCUGAUUCGCUCCAUCAAUGACCCGGAGCAUCCACUGACCCUGGAAGAAUUGAACGUAGUGGAGCAAGUCCGGGUUCAGGUGAGCGACCCCGAGAGUACGGUGGCUGUGGCCUUCACACCCACCAUUCCACACUGCAGCAUGGCCACUCUUAUCGGCCUGUCCAUCAAAGUCAAGCUUCUUCGAUCCCUUCCCCAGCGUUUCAAGAUGGAUGUGCACAUUACACCAGGAACUCAUGCCUCGGAGCAUGCAGGACACAGCACCAGGGUGUGUCAGACUUGAUAGUACAGGAGGUAGCAGACACCCGCAGCCAGGUGGGAGGGAUCCUAAUACGGUGGGGGUAGGUGUUGGCUCAGGUGGUUUGGGUGGCUUGGUCGAGGCUUGGGGUCACGGGAAGGAGGUGACAGGAGGUUGGUGCAAGUGUGUACGUAUAUAUGCAAAGGUUAGAAGUGGGGUUGGCUGGCAUGGUGGCCAGAGCCUGGCUUUGAUCCUCCU